GAAUCACAAAGGAACAGUUUUGAUAUUUCCCCGGAUAACCACAUCAAAUUCAAGACCGUACGUCUUUUUUCCCAUCAACAGUGAGUACAAGAAAACUUCAGAGAACCCUUUGUUUGCCGAUCGUGUUUCGCGCCUGAUAAUUUAUGCUUCCGUGCCAGAUGUUGUAAAUCGUUUUUCACCAAACAGUAGCGACGUUGAUUCGCACUUGAAUUCAUAUUCUAUUAAACAUCGGUUCUCUUUAUCAAUCAAGACAAUAAUUCAUACUUUUAGCAAAAUUCCUUGAGUAAAAAAAAUUUCCUCCUUGUGAAAUUUGACCCUUAAAUCACGCGAACAAAAACGAAAAUAACUAAAAGUCACGUGAUAAGUUGUUUAUAUCAAAUGUCCCGGCUGAAGACAGAUUACCUCAGUUAAACACAGAGAAGUUUGAGUCGGAGACAUCGAAAGAACGUGUCGUGAUGUUAUAUGCUAAAAUACCUACUCUCAAGACGAACUGAGAACCACUGAGUACUGAGACCUAUAUUAAUGUUACCUUUUAGUUUAGUUACGCAGAUUUUCAGGCCGAAGGAAGCGAGUAAUUUCUGAAACAUAGCAACAUCAGCAUGCAAGCCGGACAUUCGAGGAAAGACAGCGAUGACUUUUCAAAGCUCCUCUUUGGGCAUGAUAACGCGAAUCCAGAAUUUAGUGGAGAGCAUUCGCCGAUGGACUCUUCUUUCACAGAGCCGUCUUUGUCUUAUCGUCAACCAAAGACUUCAUUAACGUCGUUUCGAGCGUUCCUCUCUCGCUGUAGAAGUGAAUCUCACCGCAUUGACAAUUUUUUACUCGAGGCUACGAGGCUUUACGUUCAUCCAGCUGUUUCAGGGCUGGUUUUGUGCCUCGCUAUUUUAAUUCCUGUCGCUUUGGCGCUCUCUGUGAUUAUUCCUGAUUGCAACAAAGGUGAUUGCUUGAUUAUAGACAAAUCUUUAGAGUCAUUCGAAAUCCCGGGACAUAUCAGUUCUGAACGAAAUGACAUGGUUAAGGUUGCUGGAAGCCUUUCCCAUAAAGUGACGGAGUCUCCUACAUUGAGACGCAGAAGAUCUACGAGGGCUCAAGACGAAAAUCCGACAGAGAAAACUUAUCAGUACAAGAGGAAAUCGAGUUUAGAGUUAGUCUAUUUAGCUAAAGGGGACGACGACCUGAACAUGUUAACCAAAGAACGACUUGAAACCGUCCAUGCAAUAGACCAGAGUCUUAUGUCGCAGCCUGGAUUCAGCGACUUCUGCUGGAAGUGGAAAAACGCAAAAGAUGAUCCUUUUCUUGAUGAUCACUGUGUACCUCCAAUUUCUCUUAUAAAUUUCUUUUAUCCCUCUCGAUCUGAGUCUUUGGGCCUUGAAAUUUUUGACGGAAUGGGAAAGAACGAGGAUGGUACUGUAGUCAAGAACCUUACAGAAGCCAGCAUUCAGGACACCUUAAAGCUUCUGCUUACUAAAACAUUUACAUACUGGUUUGUAGACGACUCUUUUUCGAAGGAUAACCUUAGAAGUCGAUUUUUACGAGCAGAACUGAGAUUUGGAUCACCUCUGAAGCCGAAUAAACCGGAUGAGACCCACGGAGAACAAAAUAUUCGGUACGAGAAUUUUUUGAAGGGGUACAUCGAAGCAAUGAAGAAGAUGUCAACAAACAAAGUGAGAUUGCUCUAUGGUGGUACAGAUGUCUUUGACUAUGAGGUGAACAAGACGCUAUGGGCAGACAUCACGCUAGCGGUGUUCACCAUUGCUUUUGUUGGAUUUUUUGUGCUUAUUUUUACACGACUGUCCCCCUUCUUAACUCUUUUCGGAAUUAUCAGUAUUGUAACUCCUCUUGGGUCAGCUUACUUUUUUUUCCGUCAUGUGUUUCAAGUCCCAAGUCUUGCCAUUCUUAGCGGCAUUUCAGCGUUCAUCAUUAUCGGUAUUGGAGUGGACGAUGUGUUUGUGUUCAUCAACACUUUUCGUCAAGCAGAAAGUGCAAGAAGUUUGGAAUCACGCAUGCUACACACCAUAUCCACAGCCGGAAAGGCAACCUUCUUUACAUCCUUUACAACAGCAAUGGCAUUUUUUGCCAACUACUUUUCCAAGAUGCCAGCAAUCCAUGACUUUGGCUUGCUCAUGGCACUGAUAGUGGGAAGCUGUUGGUUUACAGUGUUUUUUACCAUUCCCCCUGCUCUCAACCUUUGGCAUCGUUACGUGUCCAAAUGGGAAGGAUUUAUAUUUAAAAGUUUGUUUGGGUGGAUGAGUUGCACUUUGGGAGGUGGACACUCUGAUUUGCCCGGUGACAUUCAGCAGUUUUUGUCAGGAAAUGAGAGGGGUUAUUCUCAGCCAGCUUCAGCAUCACAAGGGAUGGAACUUGUGGAUAGAUCACCCUCUGAGGAGGAUGACACCUCUCUGAUCAACUUAGAUGGCAGUUCUCCCAACUCACAGAGCCCAUCUCCCAGUUCAAGUGACAGUGACUUGACCAUGUUUGAUGAUCCAAACCAUACUUUUGAUCUGGAGGCACCCCUUAUGAACCGAAGGUCCCUCCAAACAAGACAAGGACAACCACAUCAAAGUCACAAUAAUGGUUGCUGUCGUUGCAGAUGUGGGCUACAGUCAAUUUUGUAUCACUGGCUGGCUGUUCCAAUACAAAAGUACCGUUAUGGUGUUCUGAUUAUUUUUAUUCUAAUCCUGGGUUAGUCCAUAGGUUUGGACUCACAAAUACGACCAUCUACCAAGCCACCAGCCUUCUUCAAAGAAAGCACCAAUUUGCAGCAAUUGAUAGAGCUGAAGUAUAACAUGAGCAGUGAACCAUUAAGAACAAAUGACGUUGCUGCUGAUCAGCUUGUGAAUGAGUUUCAGCAAUCAAAUAAUGCUGAUAAACCAAUUACAAAAAAGCCCACAGUGGCAACUCAGAAUAAUUCACCUAUAUCUCCAUCCCCCCCAGUACACAAGACUUCAGACACUUCAGGAGACAAGAAUGAGGGAGAUGGUGUGCUUCCUAGGCCUGUAGAUUCCAAGACAACAACUCUUAUGCCACAAGGGAAAACAUUGAAACCAACAACAGCAAGUUUGCAGAAAACAACCACCUCUCGCUCUCCAACCAAUAGUUCUGCUGUCCAUCAUACUAAAAAACCAACGACCCAAAGGAAGUCUACACCAGCACAAGAGAUGGAUAAAGACAAACCUCAGACCAAACAGACAGACAAACCCCAGACCAAAAAGACAGAGUCAAACAAAGGUGAUUCUGGGAUUGAUAUCCCUUCUCCAACUGCAGUUGGCACUCCAACCACACCCCCACUGUGUCCUGGAGGUUGCAAGCCAGUCCCAAAACCCUUUGUUGCAUCAUCAGCAACCAUUUUUGUGAUCCUUGGCUUAGAAAGGAUUGAUCGUAGCAUGAUCACACGAGAGCAUGUGAUUGAAAAGAGGGGUGAAGUAAUCCCAGACUUUGAAUUUACAAAGUUGGUUUCAGAACAAUACAGCUUUAUUAAGGCUGCUUGCCGCCUCUGCACAGCAAUAAGCAAUAAUCGUGAGCUUGUUACAAAAGCAGGAGCAGAUUGCUUUCCGAGCUGGAUGUGGAAUAUCUUUCUGGAUGAUAUCAGCAGAUAUGGCCAUCGAUCGAUCUUUUACAAAGACUGUUUUAACUUAUCUAAACCAACAUUUAGCACUGGGUCUUCUCAAGCAAUGAUGUACUCUAUGGAUUUUAAGAAUCCUUAUGGGAAUAAGACGUACUGGAUGAAAAUGGCUUUUGAAUCGCAUAUAUUCUUAGGCAAGUCAUCACAUGAAAAAGUUGAAGAUUUUGAGAAAUGGGACAGGUUUAUGAAGGAGAUUGUUGAUUCUAACCAAUAUCCCAAGGGAUUCCAGUCCAUUUUCCAAACUAACGAAGAGUGGGUGAAAGUGUUCAUGGAAGUUGUAGCUGUCAACAGUGCAAUCUACGGCAUAGUGUUUUCACUUGUGUUAUGUGUUUUCUCUGUGGCUGUGUUCACAGCCAAUGCUUGUCUGACUCUGAUUGUGAUGGUCACCAUAUUAGGUGUCCUGAGCACAGUUGUGGGAAUUUUUUACUUGCUAUCAUGGCAUCUUGGAGCAGUGGAAGCAGUUUCUUUAUCUAUUUUGGUUGGCACAUCAGUUGAUUAUUGCGUUCAUUUGGUAGAAGGUUACAUUAUGGCUGGAAACUCUAUACCACAGAAUCUCAGCUCCCCUAAGGAAAUACGUGGCUGGAGAACACGAGCUGCAGUUUCUCAUAUUGGCACAGCCAUCCUCAGCUCUGCUACUACAACAGUGGUGGGGUCAAUACCUCUGUGCUUGACGGUGAUUCAAUUUUUUGCCAAGUUUGGCCAGAUAUUAGCCAUCAACACUGCUGUAUCAAUUUUCUUUACCCUCACCAUAUGCGUAGCUUUGUUGUGUAUUAUGGCCCCAGUGAAAUUCCGAGCCUCCCUCACAACUUCAGCUAAAGCUCUUGGUGUAGUUGUUGUAAUAUGUGGUCUUGGUACCCUGGUUUUGUACUUGGUCACAUUGAAGAUCAACAUCCCAGGGCCAUCAGGAGAACCUAUACACUUCUGACAACAUCCUCAAAAAUCAGUGGGAUUUGAUCAAGUGCUAACAGAACUUUUUUUUUUUUUUUUUUAAGUAGGUAUGAUCAGAAAAGCUCCCAUUACUGCACUGGUAAUUUUUUGCAAUUUGGCAAAUUUAAAGGAACUUGUAGGUAAUAGGCAUGUGGCUAAUUUAGAAAGGUGAUGAGUCUUUGGUGGGUUUGUGUCUUCUGUUUUUUUUUUAUGCUUACUACACAUAAAUUAAAUGCUGUGUUAAACUGAGACAAAAAUAAUUUUUUAUUUCUCUGUACAGAAAAAAAAGUAAUCUGGAAGGUUUCUAAAAAGCAUAACAAUACAAAUCUUCAAAAUUGCAAUUCUCCUAUCAGCUGUUUUUUAAUCAAUUGAGCACCCACAAGAAGCGACAAGAAUUUUUCAGGCAUUCUGGCAAAUAGCUAUGAUUUUUUUCAAAGUUUCUCAGUAGAAUUGUAUUGAAUUAAAAUAGCACUUUUUCAAUUAUUUGUAAUACCAAAUGUGUAUGUAUAGUUUAACUCCAGGCUAUUUUUAUAUUGUUGGAAAGCUAUCCUAAUGGAAGAAGUUUGUUUCACAUUCAUUUGGCUUUAAAAGUUUUGUGAUCUAUUGUGCAAAGCAAGUUGUGUCUAGAGCUAUAAUUAUUGUAAAGAUUUAUUUGUAAGUAAGUUUUAAAGUAUUAAGUAUAGUUGCUUGUGUUUGAAGUUGGGGAACUUUGCUGUGUUGUUCAAUGUUUUGUGGUAUCUGUCAAACUUAAAGUAACUAAAUUAAAAAAAAUUGUAGAAAUUUAGGGAAUUAAAUUUAAUUGUAAUUAUAUGAUAAGGGUUUAAAAUUUUAUUUGCAAAAUUAUGCCAAAUUCUGAAUAACUCUUGAAGUAAAUGAUUUCUUUAAAGAACAGGUUGGUGGGUUUGGUUUGUGCAAGAAGAUUUUUUUCCUUUUUGCUUUUUGUUCCUAGAUUGCAUGUAAGUUAAGCUUAAAAGUCUAGUAAUGUCUUCAGAGUUAAUGAUACCUUGUUCCCAGUACUUCCAUGCUUAUACAAUCUGUAAAUAGCAUUACAUUAGUUUGAAUCAUUAUACCUUCUAUUUUGUGUCAAUUUUGUGAUGGCAGUUUUGUACUAGCUUCUGUUGAAAGUUUUCAUAAUGGUUUAAAAAUUGACAAGCAUUUGGUACUCAUUUCAUGUCAAUAUCGAAACACUUCGGCAUUGAUUAGUAAUGGUAGCCAUAUUAAGACUGAGUGGAGUACAGUCCAAUGAGGAAUUGGGUGAGUGAUUUCAAAUUUGGGGAGCUGCAUAGCACAAGGUUGAUUUGAAGUUACAAGCAGGAUUACCCCUAAAUUGUUCAACACAAAGAGCAAUGCCCAAAUAAUUGUGUCAAUAUCAAAAUGUGAGAAACAAGGGAAUGAGACAUUUAAUGUAAGGGCAGGUGUGCUCGUCAGAAUCAAAUGAAAUUAUCUCAAUGAUAGUACUCAGUUGAUCAUUUUUGUAUUUGUUCAUGUUUUCAAUGUGGAUAUAUCAACCUGCUCACUUUCAAAGUUUUCUUCAUUUGAAAUGCUAGCUUCGGCUAAGUUUUGUAGUUGAGUUUUAUUGGCUGAUAGGUGAAAGUGCUGAAAGUCUUUGAUUUUGGCCUGUCCAAUUACAAUUGUUUGUAAUAAUACAGGUGAAAUUGGACUUGAAACAGCCCAUCAAGUCAUAAAUAAGGGCUGUUGAUAAUCACUCUUUUGCAAACAUUCUGUUAUUUACACAUUUUGAUAAUCUGGUUUAAAAUUGAUUGGGAUGUGUCCACAUUUUUGUGGAACUAAGUAAAAAUUCCCUGUAUUUGUUGAGAUAAAAAAAUAUUUACAUUUAAGAAUUUGUGCAAACUCAUACUUUCUGAUUGGGAUUAUCAUAUUUUCUUUUCCUUUGUCUUUUUUAAAAUUUUUUAAAAACAUUGUUAUUUGGAAAGACACAAAGUUACAAGGUCCCUGUCUGUACUGUUGAAAUUAACCUGUCAUUUUAUGUUUUUUAAAUACUUAGGAUUUCCUAGGUAGCAUUGUUCAAAUAAAAAGUGAAUCUACAGCUCA